AGAGUCGAAUCACUCUAUUGAAUCAUGACUCACAGAUAUCUUAUUAUCAGGCAAAUUUAAAAUCCUUGGGUAGAAUAAUUAUGAUCCCAUUGACAAGACAGAAGUAAGGUUGGCGGGUGUACUCUGUAAAUAUUAUCUUGUUUGAUAAAAUCUUUAGAAUUGCUUAUCGAAAACAAUGCGGACACUUUUGCGUUGACUUGAAAUCUGCCCUGAUUUCGUGUUCAUUAUAUGAAAUGUUUUAAAAUCGUUGUGUAUCAUGACCAUAAUUUCUCGCUUUGUUUUAUUGUAUCAGAUGGAGAAAUGUUCUAGAUGUGAAAUAUUGUAUGAUGUCAUUUCUUUACUGCAGUGAUUAAAAUAAUCUAUUAAAACUUUAGUAAUAUGAAAAGAAACAAUUGAAAAGUACAAUGAGGAGACCAGCUUUUGCAUUUUAUAUAGGUGUUCUUAUCGUCACUGUGCCGUUUUUUACAUUAUUUAUUUUACUCAAUGGUCCCGAUCUUUCCGAAGAGCGCAUUCUAAAUCAGAAGGUCGUGGAACUAUACGCCAGGCUAAAGCAUGCUGAAAUGCUGAACUUGGAAAGACGAAGUGAUAUUUUCCACCUGAGGCAACAUUUUGGCACUUUACUAAGUGCGGCCACUCAACUAGAUAAUGUGAACAGCUCCAGCAUUACUAAUUUAUUGAAGGACUCUCAGCAAUUAUUGGCAGGCAUACAAGGAGGGAUGGACUUACAGUUGCCAUCUAUUCACCAUUUUCUUCCUCAUUUACUUAGUUCUCCUGAUAGUUUAUCUCCAUCCAUUAAACUUUCGAGAGGAAGGAGUGGAGUAACUAUGGUUCUUGGUAUACCUACAGUUAAACGUGAAGUUCAAAGCUACUUAAUGUCUACUUUACAAAAUCUUAUUGAAAAUAUGUCUCCUGAAGAGAGAGAUGAUGCUGUCAUAAUAGUUUUUAUUGCAGAAACUGAUAGUGAAUAUGUCACUCGACAAGCAGCAGACAUAGAAAAUCAAUUUCAAGAGCACAUUAAUUCUGGAUUAUUAGAAGUUAUAGCACCUCCUAGUACCUACUAUCCUGAUUUUGACAAAUUAAGACAGACUUUAGGAGACCCAUUAGAGCGUGUCAAAUGGAGAACAAAGCAAAAUCUAGACUUUUCUUAUCUUAUGAUGUAUGCUCAGCCAAAGGGAACAUUUUAUGUACAGCUUGAAGAUGACAUUUUGUCAAAACCUGGUUAUAUUGAAACAAUGAAGAAGUUUGCUUAUAAGCAAAUAAGCGAAAAAAAGGAUUGGAUUAUUUUGGAUUUUUGUCAGCUUGGUUUUAUAGGCAAAAUGUUCAAAUGUGUGGACCUAUCGAAGCUCAUUACCUUCUUUAUAAUAUUUCAUAAUGACAAACCUGUUGAUUGGCUCCUUGAUCAUGUUGUGCAAACAAAAGUGUGUCGAUUUGAUAAAGAUCCGAAAGAUUGUAAGAAGAGGAAAGACCAAGUAUGGCUUCAUUUUAAGCCUUCAUUGUUUCAACAUGUAGGCACCCAUUCUUCUUUAAAAGGCAAAGUUCAGAAACUAAAGGAUAAACAGUUUGGAAAAUUGUCACUUCAUCAUCCUCAUAAAAAUCCUGAUGCUGAUGUGAAAACUACGUUGAAAGCUUAUAAAGGGUAUACUGCUGUACGAGCUUAUAAAGGAGAUACUUUUUUCUGGAGUUUAUUGCCCCAACCUGGUGACAUACUGGCAUUUCACUUUCAUAAACCCCUUAUGAUUGAGAGGUAUUUGUUUAGAAGUGGAAAUGUUGAACAUCCGGAAGACAAGUUCUUUAAUACUUCCGUUGAAGUAUUACCAGUGUCAUAUUCUGAAGAUCAGAUAUAUUCCAAAACCAAAGACGGGUUCCUUGUUGUUGGUCAGUUCAAAGAAUCAACCGGGAUUGCUGAAGGAAAUAUCAGUUCUACUGUUGGUUUUGUUAAAGUCAUGAGAUUGUAUGUUCAUUCUGAAAGUGAUCGCUGGGCCAUUUUAAGUGAGAUUCAUAUACAACCAGCAGAAAAUAAAAUGGGCAUCUUUGGUCGGUGACAUGAAAAUGCAGCUCUGCUGCUGAAAACACCUUCAUUGCAGACUACGUGUUCCUUAAUUUCGUGCCUUAUUGAAACUUUUAAUAAAACAGGACUGGAAUGUGUUUUAAGACAUAAAGUGAUAACUAAGCAAUAUUGUUUGAUAGAAUAGAUCAAGAAACACUAAAUGGAUGAAUUGGAUACAAUCUCUUGAUGGUGGAUUUUGAAGAUUACAAACUUGUAAUUUCGGGGAUUUUUAGUUAUUUUGUCAGUUUUUUAAUUUGGGUAUUUUCGCUCAUCCCAUAAAAAUGACCAAGUAGAAAAUUCCAUGCAUUUCUCAUAUUGGUGCUUAACGUUAUUAAUUCAUAGAAAAUUUAGACCAUUGGUAAAGAAAAUUAAUUUCCAGUUAUUCCUUAUCCUUAAUUCUUUGUAACUGAGGUGUUUUUAGUGUUUAAUGAACAUGUUCACACUGAAAAUAUAAAACUUAUAAUAAAUCCUGACUAAGUUUUAUAAUUGCAAAUGAGUCAAUAUUGACCAAUUUUUUAUUGAAAAUUUAUCAAUGAAUGGAAAACCUUGUAAAGAAGUUUUUUGCUUUAUUUAAAAACAUCCAAUCUUCGAAAGCGUAAGUUUUUAUAACUAAUUUUUAGAAUAAGUUUUUAUAUUUUAUUUUUCCAAGCAAACAUUGAGCUAAUUUCGCUUAUUCCUUUUUAUUGUUUUAAUAUUUAUUAAAGCUACAAAAUUCUAUUUGAAUCUCGUAAAAAAAUAUUUCUUACUUCUUAAAUCUUCUUCUUUUAAUAUAUGAAUUCAAGUGAACAUUUAAGAUUCUAGAUUUUUUAUUUGAAAUAUCAUUCAGUAUUGUACAUUUCAAUGUCUUUAUAUUUUAACUAUAGUUCAAAACCUACAAUUUAUACCUUGACUAAUCUGUUUCAUCUUUUAAGUGUAUUUCUAAGUUGAUAACAUUUUGUUUCAAAAUGAAAAUAUUUUAGUUACUCACAAUUGUUGCCGAAAUUAUAUAUAUAAUUACUAAACCAGAUGUUUAUUUUCUUUGAUUUUAAAAUCUAUCGAUAUUGCUGCAUUACUGUCUUAUUGUUUGUCAAAUUACUAUUAUAAGAAAUGAAGAUUAUUUUUGUAACGAAUUAAUUACUACAGUUGUUUGAAUGUUUAGUAGUUUUAGAAUUAGUAAAAUUUGUUUAAAGUUAUAAGCAUGUUAUUUAGUAUUUCUUGUUAAUCAUAAUUUCGAAAGGGAAAACUCCAGACAUUAUAUUAAUUAUUCUUUUCCAAUUAUGCAUUUGAAGUGCACUUAUUCGUACGCCAUUGACUCGCACAAAGUAGUGUUUUUGUGCUAUUCCAUUUAGUAGAUGGAAUCAAAUCAUUGUCAUUAUUUUUUUAUUAUCCUUCAAAACAACAGAAAUUAAAGUUAUAGAAUAAAUAUAUAAACUUAUUUCUCACUAAUGCUUUAGUAAGUCUUAUAAUUUUCCUUAUUUUCUAUUAGAUUAUUUUUAGAUUUUUCAAAUAAAAAAACUUUUCAAAGAUAAUAAAAUAAUGAAUAAAAUUAUAUACAUGACACAUUAAAAAUUAUUGAAAAUUCGAUUUAUACUCUAUUUAGAUAGUAUUUGUCUGAAACGAUAAAACUUUAUUGGUGAGACUAAUGGUGUCGAAUGGAUUAAUAUUGAAUGAGCAAUUUUUAUGUGAUUAAUAAAGAUCUAUAUAUUUAUAUUUAAACAAUUACAACUGUACUGUAUUCUAAUGCUAUUACCAUUAAAUUACAGUGUUUUACCAUUUAGUGAUUUCCUUGUGUUAAAUAAUGACAAAAGUUGUUAGCAGGUACUAAUAUAUCUUUAUAACAAUUUUUUUUAAUCAUAUAAGUGAAUAAUAUAUGCUAAAGUUAAGUUAAGCAAGUGAUAUUAUGUUUUUUUUCGUUUGUUUGAUAAAGCCUUGGGACUCUGAUAUUAUACCUGUGCUGUUCAAUUUUUAUUGCUUAAGUGUGGUUGCAUUGGUCAUCCAAAACGUACCAUUAUGCCACAAAGCAAAAUAUCAGACUGGAUAAGGAAUUUAGGAAGGAAAGUUAAAUAAUUGGUUUUUCACAUUUAGAUAAUAGGCUGUUAAUCUAACAACAUAAAAUCAGGAAAAAUUAUUUUAAAAAAUCAUUAUGCAAAAUCGUAAAAAAUCAUUUGCAGAUACUGAAAAUGAGGUAGAAUAACUGAGAAAAAAUUAUUAGCUUCUAUUUUAAUCUUCAUAUCUUUUUUUUUCUGCAUAAAAGUUACCUAGGAACCAUUUAAAAUUGUACAAAAACACGUUUAGAAUAAGAUUCUUUCCACUUCUUGAAAUAAAACCAGAUCUACUUUCUUCAACGAUCUUUCUUCGAAAAGCCAAAUUUUUUUAAAAAAAAUUCAGUUACUCAUAUGAAAUUUUAAUGGAUGUUUUCUCCUGUAUAUAACACGUACUCUUGAAGAAAUGCAAAAAGUUUGAUUACAUUAGGAACAGUUUUUUUUAAUGCAAUUUAUUCUUUUCUUUAUUAAGCUUUUCUAACUUUCAGUGACUCAUGGCAUAUGGAUUUUUGUAAUAUUUUAUAACAUUCUUAUUUAAGUUGUCUCGCUAAGAUUAGUAACCUUUUUUUAAGAGGUGACCAUGGAUAUUUACUCUGCCCUUCUUCUUCCUUAUCUAGCUGCUUGAUGUAAUGGCAAAUUUUAGAUGACCAACCCAACAACUUACUCAUCUGUACUGAUAUUUCUAUACUGAAUGCUUGACUAUUAUCUAACAACUAUUUUUUAAAUUUUCGUUUGUUUUAUUAUAGAUACACUUAAGCUGAGAUAUCCUCACCUCAUAGGUGCUUUAAUAAAUGGAAAAAAAAAAAAAAAACUGAAAUGCCAUAAAGAAUGGCUCACAUUUUGACAUUUUAGCAAUAUCUUCCAUAGAACAUUUCAUUCUCACAACAUUUUAUAAAUGCUGUCUUUAUAAACAUCCGAAAACAAACCCCGCAAUAUUAAUGCAUCCCUAGAGGUCUGAACGUAGCAAAAAAUCUAUAUAUGCCUCUCUUCCCUUCCGUACGUCUAUAUUUUUGAUAGACUUUUGAUUAAAAGUAUAUAGUAUGAAUAGCAUGUGCUGUGAUCUGGAUUAAAAGGCUGAAUACUGUUAUCAUAUAUUUAGUUCAUUUGCAUAAUCCGUUUUUAUUUUUAUUUACACAUCAAAACAUUCAUAUCGUAACACAAUAUGAAUUAAUUUUGAAUGGAUAAUAUUGUCAUGAUGCUUUAUUAAAUAUGAUGCAAUGAAUACAGUACCAUACAUGUUUGAAACCGUUUUUUAAAUAUAUUUACAUUAAUUCAGUGAGGAUUUUUUUUAUAUGAAACAUAAAGAACUUCCGAAUCUAAGAUAGCUAUUGUUAUUUCUCCAUUGUAAAAUUUGAUAUUUGAAAUUCAAUCUAUUUCUUAAAAAGCAUGAUGUUUACCUAAUCAGUUUUGACAUGAGCGAAGUAAAUGCUAUAUAAACUGGUGCAUAGUAAAUUUCUGUCGAAAAAAAUGCCACACAAGAGAUUUCUAAUUUUAUGAGCUUAUAAAGUUUAUUUCUUCUAAUUAUUCAGAAAAAUUGUAUUCUUAUUAUGUCUGUAAAGGAGUGUGUUUUUGGUAUUAUGUUUAUUGUUCAGUGGCAUGUUAUCUUAUAAUUGUUGCUCAUUAUACUAUACGUAUACGUUUUAUUUAUAUAAUUCGGUUUCUGUAUUCAUUUUUUGUGUGAAAAUAUUCUUGCUUUUUAUGUCCUGAUUAUUCUGCAUUUAAAAUCUGAAUGGAUUGAUUAUUAUAUCAGUGGUGCGAAUUAUAUGAGCGAAAGGAGCAUCUGCUUGUAAAGCACUAUGGAAGCAUAUUAUUAUUUUGUAUUAUUAGUUAUUUCUUAUUUGGGAGGAGGGUGAUGACCCGGCCACCAUUUACACUUGCUAAACCGCAAUAUGACUGAGGGCAAAAGUAUCGUAAUGUUGACGGGCGUCGCUUACCUCGAUACGCCAUUGCAUCACACAAAAGAAAUAUUAGUAUAUAAAACACUGUGACGUUUUCGUGUAUUUUACAACUGUCAUUAUGCUCACAUGUUAAUAUUUGUAUAUUAUAUUCUUUCAAAUAUCUCUCUGCACGGCUGCACGACCAGAGCUGCUUUAUUACUUUUCUUGUAUCUAAGUUUUGAAACUUAUUUUUUUUCCCAAUCAAUCAAAAGUUUUGGAAGCAGUGCUUUCACCCAACUUGUUUUUAGUUUCUAGUGUGGUCGAAUGCUUAAUUGAGUCAUAUAAUUGUAAAUUAUUAACAAAAUACUUGUAUAUACUUUAAAAAAUCUCAAGUGCCAAACAAGUGUCUGUAGAUACGAGUUGUGGAUGAAAUACGACUAUUUUAAGAUCCAUUAACAUGAGUGAUACUAAGAAGUAAAUUUCAGAAGGACUUCGCAUCAAAUGCUGAAAUACUAUUUUUUAAAUUCUCUUUUGAAUAUUAUUUUGUUUCACAGUAGGGCAGAUAUAUUUUAAUACUAUGUAUGUUGGACCUUGAAGAUGCUAAAUUUCUAUAUAAAGACCCUGUUACAGAUUAAUGUCCCAACCAUUUUUGUAAAACUUUGUGCAAAAUUGUAAUUAAAGAUAACUAUAUUAUUUUA